CGGAGGAAAAAAUGCUUAAGUGUCAAACCAACGAGUAUCUCAACAGACGGAAUCAACUGCAUUUCGAUAUGUUCUUGGCAAGCAUCUUUUACGCUUACGUCUUCUUGUCGUUCCUCGGCAGCUGCAAUGAAGCUUCUGGGGAGAGCGUCGUAGUUUAUCCUAAGGUGCUCGAAAGCCGACAGGACACAUCGGAAAAAAUCCUUCUCAUAGAAGGCUACAAUCUUAACCUGAAGAAGGCUUCGGUUCUUGCUGACACAGUUCUCCUUUUAGACGUAACAGAAAACGGGACUGUUGAGCGAUACGUUCAAGGCGCGCAUUACGAAAGGCACUUGUACGAAGAUGUGGACAAACAAGCUUCACUGAUACUGAAGCCCUUGGGAGGAGACGAUUAUCACAUAACAGGGAUGAUAAACUUCACUCACAGGAUUGCUCCUUUUACAAAUUGGGAACGGUCGUCGCAGCAGAAAAUGCCUCACCGAAUAUUCGAAGUUGACGACAUGUCUGGGACUUACGAGGUUGUCGAGAGAGCAGAAACCGAGACGGACGAGGAGCCAGUGCCUGAGGAACUCGAAAAUGAUGACUCUCAGCAGGAAUACUUGUUAGAGGUGCACUUCAUCACCGGCCUCAAUCACAGCGGCUUCUUCGGCAACGAAAGUGAAGAUCGCGUUGCCUAUGCAAUGCUCUUUAUGAACGCGGUAAGCCUUCGCUUGCAGCAGCUCGACCCUCCCAUCCGGAUAGGGCUGACAGUAAUCGAGGGAUUACAGACUACACCUCCUUACGUAAAGCUGUCCGAGGAAGGAUACGUAAGAGUAUAUGACACCAUGGAUGAAUUAUGCAAAGAAGCGCGUGAAGACGAAUUAAAGAAUAUGUCUGACAUCGUUUUUAUGGCAUCAAGACUAAGCUUGGCUAAAUUUAAUCAACAGAACAAAUUCACGAGUUCCAUUCUUGGGCUGGCUGGUGGCCUAGGGUCAGCGUGCGGAAAUAGGAAAGUUGCCAUAGGGCUGGACUAUCCUGAUACCUUCUCGGGAGUGCAAAGUGCUGCUCAUGAAAUUGCACAUCUGCUGGGCGCUCCUCAUGACGGCGAAGACGAAGCUAAAGAUUGCGGACCGAAAAGCCCAUACUUGAUGAGUCACUACAGACGCGGUAAAACCCUCUGUGCGUUUUCCAACUGCACCAAAGAAAUCAUCGCAGAGUUUUUGAAGAAGCCAGGCUCUGCGUGCCUGAAGAAGCGCGCACAAUGCCAGGUCAUUGAUCUGCCAAACAAGGCUGCAAAUCUUCCAGGGGAUGUAAUGGACGCGGACACGUACUGCAAUAAGACGUACCCCAAGCCGCAACACUUGAGCGCUACUUACAUCAAGAACGACACGGAACUAAGCGAGUGCUUCUUUCGUUGUCUGGUACAGUACGCAAAGCCUCCCUACAAAUGGCAAAAUCGCAUUACGUUUGCAGUGGAUGGCACGCCAUGCUCAAAAACUGAGCCCCAAAAGAUAUGCAAGAACAUGCUCUGCGUGGACCCUUAGCAAAAACAUUCUGGCCAACAUGAACAAUAUGUAUAUACCCAACCGAAGAGGGUUGUUCCUGAAAAAGGGUAUACUUUUUA